UCUAAUAAGACCUGACUUCAACUUGAAGCAAUCAGAACCCUACAAGCUUGCUAUCAAAUUUAUAUUUUUCUUACAAUAUCAGCACCAGUAUCCCUUUUCUUGGAUUUAUUCAUCUUUAUCUUUAUCAUCAUCAACAAGAUCAAAUCAUAGAUCUGCGUAUAUAUGGCUUUUGGCUUAUACAUAUAGUUGUACUUGUAUGCUAAUUACUGAACUAUAUAUAUCUUCAUCAAAUCAUCUCAUGCAAACCUUAAAAAGAGUUAACAAGUUCGGUUCUUGAUCAUCGUGCAAUGGCCAGCCAUAACAGUCUGCAACAUGUUCAAGAAAAUCUUGAUAGGGUUACUUCUCAAACUACAAAUGAUAAUCAAGGAAACAUGACGAGAAGACACUAUAGAGGAGUAAGGCAAAGGCCAUGGGGAAAGUGGGCAGCCGAAAUCCGAGACCCGAAAAAAGCUGCUCGCGUCUGGCUCGGAACAUUUGAAACCGCAGAAGCUGCAGCGGCUGCUUAUGAUGCAGCCGCCCUUAAAUUCAAAGGCACCAAAGCUAAGCUCAACUUCCCUGAACGUGUUCAAGGAAGAAAUCAAGCUGAUCAUUUCAGCUUCUCAUUGGAAACUAAUCAGAAUUCAUUUCCGGUUCCUAAUUUUAAUCAAAAUCUUUCUCCAGUACCUGAAGAAUUCCCGAAUCUUUUUCAGUACGCGCAGCUGCUUCGUAGUAGCAAUGAUGAUAGCUAUUUACAAUACGUCGUCUCUGAUGCUCCGAAUUACUAUGAUUAUCAAGAACCGUUUCUUCCGAGUUCUUUGCAAGUGGCGUCUUCUUCGUCAGCUUCUUCAUUAGGAGUAUAUUCUGAGCAAUUACAGGCGGUUGCAGAUGAAGAAUUCUCUAGGCUUUUUCCGCAGAUGACUGCAGGUUUUUCUUCAGGUUACGAUCAUCUUCGUAAUUUUCAUGAUCAUCACGCAAGGGAAUUCGAUUAUGGUUCUAAUGCUCCCUGAUAAUUUGAGAAAUACCAAUGGUAAUGGCACUAUGAAAUCUUUGAAGAGGCUUAUUAUUUUAUGUCAAUAAUUUUAAUGUGGAAGAAACAUGGUGUGGUAAUGUCUUAUAUUGUUUUGUUGGAGAUAUGAACAAAUCUCAUAUUAAAUAAUUAAGAGAAAAUAAGUGACAAAUCAAUAAAUUAAUAUGUUCAACAUAUACAAUCCACAUUUG